UGCGACACCGUUCUGAUGUGCUGUGGUGGGAGUCUCGCGGCGGUCCGCUGGAUCAACGCAUGGCGAUUGUCCAUUGGCGGCAGGCGCUCUGCAUGUUCUUUAUCCCCAUUGAAUGGAUUUAAGCCUGAGCUCCUGAAAGUGGCACACGUGUGCACGCACACUGCAGCGGUCGACUCUGCUGUGGCGAGGCGUGGCUUGGUCACAGGCGUCGGACUUUCCAGCACAGUGGGGCGGUUCUGGAGGUCCUCGCUUGUAAAGGGCUUGGUUGUCCCCAGGAGAAACCGACGGAUCUACCGGCGACCUUGUCCAACCGUAAAAGCGAUUGCCAUGCCUCUGCCAAAAGACAUGGGCUCUGCCUUCAUCCAGACGCAGCAGCUCAACGCUGCCAUGGCCGACACCUUCCUGGAACAUCUGUGCCUGCUGGACAUUGACUCUGAACCCACCACUGCCCGCAACACUGGGAUCAUCUGCACCAUUGGACCAGCAUCCCGCUCUGUGAACAUGCUGAAGGAGAUGAUCAAGUCUGGAAUGAACAUUGCUCGUAUGAACUUUUCCCAUGGCACACAUGAGUACCACGCAGAGACUAUCAAGAAUGUACGGGAGGCAUGCGAGAGCUUCGAGCCAGGCAGUAUCCAUUACAGACCCAUCGGUAUUGCCCUGGACACCAAGGGCCCAGAGAUCAGGACUGGCCUUAUUAAAGGGAGUGGCACAGCUGAGGUGGAGCUGAAGAGGGGCAAUGUGAUCAAGAUUACCUUAGACGAUGCUUACCAGGAAAACUGCAGUGAGGAGGUCCUCUGGCUCGACUACAAGAACAUCACCAAAGUGGUGGAAGUUGGCAGCAAGGUCUACAUUGAUGACGGGCUCAUCUCUCUGCAGGUCAAGGAGAUUGGCACUGAUUACCUCAUGUGUCAUAUUGACAAUGGCGGCACUCUGGGCAGCAAGAAGGGAGUGAACCUCCCUGGCGCCGCCGUCGACCUGCCCGCUGUUUCAGAAAAAGACAUCCAGGACCUGCAGUUUGGUGUCGAGCAGGGAGUCGACAUGGUCUUUGCCUCGUUCAUUCGCAAAGCAGACGACGUUCACGCCGUCAGAGCUGUGCUCGGAGAGAAGGGCAAAAACAUCAAGAUCAUCAGCAAGCUGGAGAACCACGAGGGUGUGCGCAGAUUUGAUGAGAUCAUGGAGGCCAGCGACGGCAUCAUGGUUGCGCGUGGUGACCUGGGUAUCGAGAUCCCCACAGAAAAGGUCUUUCUUGCCCAGAAGAUGAUGAUCGGGCGCUGCAACAGAGCUGGCAAACCAAUCACAUGCGCAACUCAGAUGUUGGAGAGCAUGAUCAAGAAGCCGAGACCCACCCGCGCUGAGGGCAGCGACGUUGCCAACGCUGUCCUGGAUGGAGCCGACUGCAUCAUGCUGAGCGGUGAGACUGCCAAGGGAGAUUAUCCUCUGGAGGCAGUGCGCACACAGCACAUGAUUGCUCGUGAAGCCGAGGCAGCCAUGUUCCACCGGCAGGUGUUUGAGGACCUGCGUCGUUCCACGCCGCACUGCAGCGACCCGGCUGAGGCCAUUGCAAUCGGUGCCGUCGAGGCCUCCUUUAAGAGCUUAGCCUCUGCGAUCAUUGUGCUCACGGGCUCUGGAAGGUCUGCCCACCUGCUCUCCAGGUACAGGCCCCGUGCUCCCAUCAUCGCGGUGACCCGUAACGCCCAGACGGCUCGCCAGGCUCACCUGUACCGCGGGAUCUUCCCUGUCCUGUACACCAAGCCCUCUCACGAUAUUUGGGCAGAGGAUGUCGACAUGCGCGUUAACUUUGCGAUGGAAAUGGGCAAGGCCAGAGGCUUCUUCAAAGAGGGCGAUGUCGUCAUCAUCUUGACUGGCUGGCGUCCCGGCUCUGGUUACACCAACACCAUGCGUGUGGUUCAGGUGGUUUGAACAGCCAACGGAGCUGCCCUGCGCUGACCCUUCACGUUUAUCUGUCUUUCAUUUUCACCUCCCCCAAACUCACUCCACUCCUGCAGACACUCGGCUGUUUAGUUUUUAGGAUGACAUGUAAACGAUUAAUCAGAAGAUGGUCCCUAUGGCCUAAGGAGCUGUUCUAGUGGAAGCAGUUUUCUUUCAGAUAAUUCCAAGAAAUGUAUUUCAUUCCUUUAACAUAGAUUUUUGUCAAUCAAACCAGUCUUCAAGACUUCAGAUUAUUCCACCCUGAGCAGAAACUGCUGUAUUUAUUCACUCCAACACUUAUUAAUAUUAAAAGCCUAUGAGUGGAAGCAUCUGUGUGUGCGCGCAUGCAUAUUUGGCUCCUGUUUGGGUGUUAAUGGUAUUGGAGCCGACUGAUCCUAUAGAGCACCUUGUACUGUAACGAACAAAAUAUUGACAAAGGUCUUUCCUACAGAAGCGCUCGACUCCAGCACUCCCCCCUGAACAGAGGUUUGUGUAGUGCUGUCUGUAUGAAGUGUCCUCUCAUAUACCAGCUUUGGUUGUGUUUCAGUGUAUCUGUUAGUGUUGCACUCCUUAACCUCUCCAGACACUGUUACAUUCUAAAUUGUACUUGACUUUUGUGAAUGGCAAACUUCAUUUUUUUUGUUGUUAUUGUUUUUAGGGACAUUCAAUUCUGCUUAUAUUUUGUGUAACUUUAGAGAAAAAGGUUUUGGGUGUCCCAGUCUAGAGGUGUUUGAGCAAGUUACUGUUUUUGUGUUUGUUAGAUGUGUCAUAAAGCCUUUACAUUUCCUUGCAUUUGGAUCAUAUCUGAUAAGGAAACUAAAUCUGUUGCGGUCCGCUUGAAGUUGACUGAACACAUUCGGGACUUGUUUAGAAACCCUCGCUCUGUCCUGUUGGUGAUCCAGCUGCCCUCAUCCUUCAACAUGCUUUUGAUUGUAAUGCUAAAGAACUAACAAUGUAAAGUGGAGUUAUGGUGAUUAAGAUGUCCCAUGAGACUGGACUUCCAUCAAUAAAAGAGAUGAGCACCUAUAAA